AAACAAGCCCCUUACCAAAUUAAAAAACAAUAACAAGUGUUUGAAGAGGGACAUGGCAGCACGUGCAUUUUUGCAUGAAUGAUUGAUUAUACAUUUUCAAAAAUAAGUUGAGCUAUAAUAACAAGAUAAUCAUGAGUCUGCCACAAUUAAUCGAUGAUCUUCAGCGCCUUUCCGAGGAUCAGGAUAGUGCGGAUGUGGUAUUUAUUUGUGGCAGAGAUGAACGCAUUUAUGCCCACAGAUUGAUGCUGAUGGCCCGUUGCAAGAGUUUCAAGACGGCCAAGAGAGGAGAAGUGUGUAGAAUUCCCGGAUGCACAGUUUCCCCAGCGGCCCCAGGAGCUUCCACUCCGACUACCAUACGAUUGCCACACGUUAAUCCGGAACUUUUUAGGCAGUUUAUCUUGUAUGUCUAUACAGCAAAGUUGGUUUUACAGGACUCGCAAGUAUUUCAAAUGAUGAUGAUGGCCCAGGAUAUGGGCGUGGUCGAGCUACGUACCGCCUGUGAGGAUCACGUUAUAUCCACUUUGUCGGUGGAUAAUGCCUGCACGUUUUUAACGGCCGUUAUGGAUAUACACGAAAAAGCAGGUGCCAAAUGCGCCGCCUCGUUUAUGGAACGCUGCAUCAUCUUUAUAGGCGAAAAUGCCAACGAGUGCGUCAAGACUAAUGCGUUCCUUACUCUGACCAAGGAUGCAAUCAUCAAGAUCAUUUCAUCCGACUAUUUUUGCUUGGCGGAGGAGGAAGUGUGGCGUUGCGUUUUGUCGUGGGCCAAAUACCAGGCAGGAGUCACUCAACCCACUGCCCAUUGGACUGAGGAGGAGCGAGCGCGAGUCUGCCAACAUUUAAGUGGUGUAAUGGGCCAUGUACGACUUCUCCUCAUCGAUAGCCAAGUUUUCGCGGAGGAAGUGGAGCCCACUGGAGCUGUACCUAUGGAGCUAUCUCUCGAACGCUAUCGCUAUGCCGCUCUGCAUGCUAACAAAAUGAUGGAUAACGAUAAAAGAAUUCAGCCCCGUUUAACUGUAGCGGUCAAUAUGUUUCCUGGGUCUCAAAUCUUGAAAAAUGACAAGCUACCACUACAAACAGUACUUAAUAAUUGGUUUGGCGUGCCCAAACAAUCCUGGAGAUUGGUUUUCCGAGCGUCCACACAUGGCUUCGAUUCUGGGUCUUUUCAUCGUUAUUGUGAUGGCGUGGCUCCCUGCAUGGUUAUUGGCCUGGGAUCACAUGGAGAGAUCAGUGGUGGCUUUACGGAUGUGGCCUGGACCAAAACGAGUCGGAAGGGUGGGUACGUCCAAUCCGAGCGGGCCUUUCUUUUUGCCCUGAACCCUGCCAAUGGGGAACAGCCAGCCAAGUUCGAUAUAGUAAAGAAACCAUAUGCCAUCUGUUACCAUCCUGAUUGUGGUCCCAUUUUUGGAGCUGGAGCGGAUUUGCUUGUCUCCAGCAACUGCAAUACAAACAUGGAUUCCUAUUCAAAUCUUCCGCAUUCCUACGAUGGAGCCAAUGCUGCACACCUGACGCUCUUCGGGGAUUACAACUUCACCAUCACCGACUACGAGGUAUACACCAUAGCCUCGCCAGGUGGGAGUGCCAGUAGUGGAGCAAGUAACAGCAGCAAUCACAGCCAGAACCUUUCGGCCAAUGGACAAGCUCCUGGAGUGCCCACAAAGGCCAAGUACGAUAGGUAUUAGAAACCGGAGAGAAAACUUGUAGUUGCAUCAGCUAUGCUGGCAAUAAAACUAUUUCCUUGAACGAUCCAAAA